GGGCUCGAACUCGAGAAACGAAACCAAACCCUCCAGCCGCGCCGGGGAGGGAGCGACCCAGUCGAGAUCGGGAAAAAUUCCCCCAUCCCCCUCCACCUCCGCCGCAUGGAUCCCGCCGCCGACUCGCCGGCGCCGGCGGCGACCUCCACCGCCUCGACCAUCCUCGACACCCUAGGCGAGGAGGUGCUCGCGGUCAUGUCCCCGGUCUCCAUCUGCAUGGCGCUCGUCGUCCUCCUCAUCUCCAUCCUGUCGCCGCCCUCCUCCCCGGCCUCCCCGUCCGCGCCUCCCCCUGUCACCGCCGCCACGCUCGUCUACCUCGAGUCCCCCUCCGACUCCCCGGGCCAGAAGCUCGUCGGCGCGCUCCUCGACGCCGCCGUCUUCGUCGCGCUCGUCGCCGUCGUCACCUUCGUCCUCGUCGCCCUCUACUACUACCGCUGCACCGGCUUCCUCAAGAACUACAUGCGCUUCUCCGCCUUCUUCGUCCUCUUCUCCAUGGGCGGCGCCAUCGCCAUCACCAUCCUCCGCCGCCUCGACGUCCCGCUCGACGCGCCCACCGCGCUCCUCCUCCUCUUCAACGCCUCCGCCGUCGGCGUCCUCUCCGUCUUCGCGUCCGCGGUCCCUAUCCUCGUCCGCCAAGGAUACAUGGUCACGCUCGCCGUCAUCGUCGCCGCCUGGCUCUCCAGGCUCCCUGAGUGGACCACCUGGAUCAUGCUCGUCGCGCUCGCCGUCUAUGACCUUGUCGCGGUGCUCGCGCCUAGGGGCCCGCUCAGGAUGCUUGUGGAGUUGGCCUCGUCCAGGGAUGACGAACUCCCGGCGCUCAUCUACGAAUCUCGGCCAACAGUAGGCCCAGCUGAGCGUUCUUCCUCAUAUGCUCCCGCAAUGUGGUCUGAGGAGAUGCAGCUGCCCGCCGAUUCUGCUAGGUCAGGUGUCAACCAGUAUGAAAGGGCUGGUCAGCAGGACAAUUUGGGUUCUGCCAUGGUGGAAAUGAGGGAUCUUGGUGGAAGCCGCUCAAGAGUCCACCAGACGACCAGCUCAAGUGGUUCCAUGCUCCAAAUGGGAAAUCUCGAAGCAGGACAGAUUUCAAAUCAAGGUGGGAGUGCACAGCAUGCUGUCAUACAGAUUGAGCAGCCUGAGGAAGAAGAGAGAGCUCCAUUGGUGUCAGCAGCAUCUGCCAACAGCGCCGUUGCUAAUGAGGAGCAUAGACAAAUUUCAUCAUCAGACCCUCCUGAUGAGGAUUUUGAGAUGUUUGAGUCCAGCAAGGGCAUCAAGCUGGGACUUGGUGACUUUGUAUUCUACAGUGUGCUUGUGGGGAGGGCUGCCAUGUAUGAUCUGAUGACAGUGUAUGCGUGCUACCUUGCCAUCAUUGCUGGGCUUGGCUGCACCCUUAUCUUGCUGUCGAUAUGUAGGCAUGCAUUGCCUGCUCUCCCAAUCUCUAUCAUGCUGGGAGUUGUGUUCUACUUCUUGACGCGGUUGCUGAUGGAGCCAUUCGUGGUUGGUGCUUCGACCAAUUUGGUGAUGUUCUGAAUUCUGACCAACGUUUUGUUGUCAUUGUUACAUGUGUGUUAAGAGAAAAUGAUGAGAGAUUUGUUGUGAGGAUGACAACUAUUUUGUGGUCACGUCUCAUAGAAAUUCGUGUAAUUAUCACUAGGAGAUGUUUUCUUGAAACUGGGAGUUUAGACUCUAAGGUAGUAUCAGUCUAUCAGAGAUCAACUAGUCCAUGUCUUGUCGUACAGUUCUAUUAACAUGAUAUGGCGUUUCAGCAGAAAGCUUUUGCAUUUCAUAUUCAUUUUUUUUAUUGUGUCUGCUUGUUUUUCCCAUUGUUCUUCCCAAAGGUUAGCAAUAAAGUAAUUAUCAUGUA